AUGGCCAUGUGGCUGAUGCUUUGGCUUGCUCAACUGCACUCUGAGCAGCAAAAAGAGUCCAUCCGCAUGGACGGGUUUGAUAUCGACAUUACCCAAUGCCCGCCGGCAGGAUGGGUGACCGAUAACAUCCAUUUUCGGCGGUGGAAUGCCAUCGAGCCACCACCUUCGGAGCUGCGUGGGCAAUUUGAUUUGGUGCAUUUGCGGCUGGUCAUGAUUGGCAUCAACAAUGAGGAUGUACCAGCCUUGGUUGAGAACUUGUCACUGCUGCUGAAGCCAGGUGGCUGGCUCCAGUGGGAAGAGAUGAACAAUUUUGAUAACAAUAUCGUAACUGUGGACGAAUCGACCCCGAAAACUGCAAUCGCAGAACUCCUGCAGUGGAUGACCAUCGGACCGAAGGAGCGCCGAAAGGGGAACGAAUGGCGCUUAACGAUUCCAGGUGUCCUUGAACAGCAUGGAUUCACAAAUGUGAGGGUGGAAAAUCACUCGGACCCACCGUACAUGAGGAGGUGGAUGACAGAGGUCACAUUCCAAACGUUGACGGAAUUUGCCAGCAAGCAAUUUUCUCGAGACUCUAAAGAAGCCACUUGGCUGGCGCGGACUUUGGCGGACGCCCACGAGGAAUGUUGGAGGCCUCUGAAGCAUCGAAGGGAAAGGCUGCUGGAUAUCACACCACCUGUGGUCAGACAGAUGACCGUGCAGUAG